AUGACAAUUUCAUCACUUCUGAAAGAAAGAGUAAGGUACGCACCCUACUUGUCCAAAGUUGCAAGGGCUGAGGACCUUUUACCUCUGUUCAAGAACGGACAGUACAUUGGUUGGUCCGGGUUCACCGGAGUGGGUGCCCCUAAGGCGAUUCCGCAGGCACUCGCCAACCAUGUAGAGGCUAACAAGCUACAGAGCCAAUUGCAGUUCAACCUAUUCGUCGGGGCCAGUGCUGGCCCCGAAGAAUCGCGGUGGGCAGAGCUCGACAUGAUCGCGAGACGCGCACCGCACCAGGUGGGCAAGCCAAUUGCGCGCGCCAUCAACGAGGGCCGUAUCCAGUUUUUCGACAAACAUCUUUCGAUGUUCCCGCAGGACCUCACGUACGGGUUCUAUACGCGGAACCGCACCGACGGCAAGAUUCUCGACUACUCCAUCAUCGAGGCCACCGCCAUCAAAGAGGACGGGUCAAUCGUGCCCGGGCCCUCCGUGGGUGGCUCUCCCGAGUUUGUUAGCGUCUCCGACAAAGUCAUCAUCGAAGUUAAUACCGCGACGCCCUCUUUCGAGGGCCUCCACGACAUCGACAUGCCCGAAAAUCCUCCUUACAGAAACCCAUAUCCCUACACCAGCGUAGACCACAAGUGCGGCGUGGACUCGAUCCCGGUUGACCCGGAGCGCGUCGUAGCCAUUGUCGAAUCAACUACACGGGACCUCGUGCCUCCAAACACGCCUUCUGACGAUAUGUCACGCGCCAUCGGCCGCCAUCUGGUUGAGUUUUUCGAAAACGAAGUGCGUCACGGCCGUCUUCCUGAAAAUCUGCAUCCACUCCAAUCUGGUAUCGGUAACAUUGCCAACGCUGUCAUUGAGGGUUUGUCGGGGGCCUCGUUCAAAAAUUUGACCGUCUGGACCGAAGUUUUGCAAGAUUCCUUCUUAGACUUGUUCGAAAAUGGAUCUCUCGAUUACGCUACUGCCACUAGUAUCAGACUCACAGAGUCGGGUUUUGAGCGCUUCUUCGACAACUGGGACAAUUUCUCGAAAAAGCUAUGUCUGAGAUCCCAAGUGGUGUCUAAUAACCCGGAGAUGAUUCGCCGUCUGGGAGUCAUUGCCAUGAACACCCCUGUCGAGGUUGACAUUUAUGCACAUGCCAAUUCCACGAACGUAUCGGGAUCCCGUAUGCUAAACGGUUUGGGUGGCUCUGCGGAUUUCUUGCGUAAUGCCAAAUUGUCCAUUAUGCAUACUCCAGCCGCUAGACCUACGAAAACAGACCCUACCGGUAUUUCCACUAUUGUUCCAAUGGCAUCUCAUGUUGACCAAACCGAGCAUGACCUGGACGUGGUCGUAACGGACCAGGGUCUGGCAGAUCUUCGAGGAUUGUCUCCUCGCGAGAGAGCACGCGAAAUUAUAAAGAACUGCGCGCAUCCCGACUACGAACCGAUUUUGCUCGACUACCUAGAGAGAUCCGAGCACUACGCACGCAAAAAUAGAUGCUUGCAUGAGCCGCAUAUGCUCCAAAAUGCUCACAAAUUCCACCUGAAUCUUGCAGAGAAAGGCACGAUGAAGGUAGACUCGUGGGAUUAG